AUGACCGCAAUCCCGUCGUUCACAUUCCAGGAUCUGGACCCUUCCCAUCUUGAUGACAAGAUGGAUGUAGCAUCAUCGCCCUUUCGUCAAGCUGACGACCUCGACGUCGACCUGGACUCCGUUCACGAGCCUUCCAUCAUAGAAUCUUUGCACGAUGACAUGGUUGACGACGCAGUAGAGCAAGGAGAAGCUGCCAGUGAUCUUAUGCAAGAUGAGAACCAGGCACCUCUUCCUGAUGACGACAUGAUUGAUGAUGAAGAUCCCACACUCGGAGGCGACAACCGCGAUGAAGAUUUCAACAUGGAUGCGUUCCCCGAAGAAGCUCGAGUUGAUGAAGAUGAGGAUAUUCUUUACGAGGAGGAAGAAGAUAUCGACCUUGUGGCUGAGCAGGUAGAAGAGGCGGUGGAGACUACGGCUCAGCAUGAAGCACAAGAGUUUCACGAGGUGGAAGAGGAAGUCAUCUUUGAUGAUGUUGAAGAAGAGCCUGACAAGCAGAAUCAGGACGAUCUAGCUACUAACCAACCGGCCGCCGAAACAGCACCAGAUGUUUCGGGGAAUUUUGAUAAUGCCGAGCAAGACUCAGCAAACGCCCAUCAUGAUGCUGCUGAGAACCCUGGUGAGGCCGAGGCCCCUAGCGAAGCACACGAUAUUGGUAACAGCUCUCUUGAGCAAGACAAACAAACCGAGGACAACGUCGCUAGCAAUUCUGCCGAAGUCUCCGCAGAGGCACAGGUUGAUGACACCUCUGGCGAACAGCAUGACAGCCGCCACGUUGAAGAAAACGCCGAGUUAGCGGCAAAUCCUCAGACCGUUUCUGCGCAAGUUGAGAACAACCCAAUUCCAGAGACGCAGCAGCAUCAUGACAAGGCUCACGGCUCCACUGAAACACAAGAAACCACCAGUCGCGCCGUGCAUCCUGUGACGUUGGUGUACUUGGAGGAAGAGAUGUCCUUGUUUCCUCCUAUGAUCGGAGAUGACUCUUCGAUGUACUUCCUGGCUGACUCGUCACUCGCCUUUGAGCCAUUGGAUAAGCUUCUUGCAGCCUGUCGUGAACUCCUCACAGGCACACUGGACCACCAUGACGAGCUUGUUCUCGACAUCACAUCUUUAGGUCUCCAUAUCUGUGAGGAUUCCAAGUAUGCCUCCCAGAUCACUCUGGCGCAGAUUCUGGACGUGUAUUUGCAGCUCUGUCGCAAUGAUGUUGGUCAGGAGAUCCGUCCAUUGUACUGUUACUUGAGCAGUCGCGUGAGCUUGGCGUCCCAGUAUGCCUAUCUUGUUUCUUCGUCUCAAGAGGGUAGGACAUUUUCCGAAGUCGUCGCAGACCAUGUUGACACUCCUGAACCCGAAGGCGAGAGUACGGAAGCAACAGACUACAAGGAUGAACAGGAAGACUACGGCCACCAGGAAGUACCUGGCGCAGAUCAGGGCGAUGAGGAUGGCUCAGUUACGCAAGCAGUCACGACUGAGCCGGAGGUUGACCAUCAGUCCGGUAAUGGUGCAGCGACAGAAGAACGUGGUGACCUAGAAGGGACCGCAGCUGAAGCCACAGGCGAAGCCAUCAAUGCUAGCGUGUCGGAAGAGUUCCCACAUGAUCCUGUUGAACUGGGUGAUCUGCCCGAAGAAUCCCACCAGCGAGGGACUGAGCAGGACCAGGAUGAAGAGGCACCAACAGAAGAACAAGCUCAUCGCCACGAGGCCAGUCCUGGCGGUCAGGAAGUCCACCCUCAAGACCCGGAUCAUCUGGACCCCCACGAGCAGGAGACGAAUAGUUCACACACCGUCGAAGCUGAGGUCGCCGAGGUGGACACCACUGUCGUUGUUGGCGAUGAAGCCGAACUGGGUGCGCAACAGACUUUUGAAGACCCCGAUGAAGAAGCCGAGGAUCUAUUCGAGCAUGAUAAGGGUGCCGAUGAAGCAAACGCAGAAGAUUUUGACGCUUACGGCGACGAAGAGAUCUUCCAUCAAGAAGCGACAGACCAAGUCGUGACUGAUGACGGCGUCAUGUCCCGCGAGGAUGUUCAACCAUCCACUUUCGAAGUCACCAAAGAGCCGCACCUGGCUACCGAUGAUGCUUCCCAUACGGUAGAUGGUGGAACUAUGCCAGUGUCCAAUGGUCAUCGUGCAACGUCCCCGGCUGGUACUCUUGAGGCUCACAGUCCUCCUGUCACUCCGUCCAAGGCAAACCCGGCCAAGCGAAAAGUAGAAGAUGACGAUGAGCUCGAUCUGCUCGACUUGGACACACCCGAACCGAAACGACGCCGACCUUCUUGA